GAAAGAGAAAGGGUGAGUAUAUAGAUUCAUGACCCAUAAAGGGAUUUCCAGGGCUUAGUAUCCAUUGUGUUGUUGAUUUAUCAGAUUGUUUCUGUUACUAAUUCGUACUGAUGUCACAUCACCUGGAAAGGUGGAUGUAAAAGACAGCAUUAAGAUUUGCCUCCUGAGGUCCCCUCAAGCUCUCCUCAGAUUAAUUUCUAAUAUGAAUUCUAAUAGGCUCAUAUAGAUUGAGCAGAAAGGCAUACAAUAAGCACAGAACAGAAAAGAAAAUGACAGGCAACAGUAUUAGGAUAAAAUUGGUACAAACAUUUUAACAACAAGCAGGUCCAGGAAAGCACACAGGCAGAUGAAAUGACCUCAAAAAAGCCGUGACACCCAAUCCUAUUGCUUCGUUCUGAGAGCUGUAAUGAAUGUUCAUAGUGCAGAUGCUAAAUCAAGAAAAGUUUUUUAAAUGUAUAGGAUGUGUAAAAGCUGGAAAGAUGUCUAUUUCAAGAUGGAUAGAAAACUAAAACGUCAGGAGUUCCUACUGUAGCAGUGGGUUAAAUCCUACCUCAGUGGCUCAGGUUGCUGUCGGUUGAGUUUUGGGUCCCCACCCUACCCAGUGGGUUGGAAGAUCUGGCCGUUGUCACAUCUGCCCGUGGGUCACAGCCUUGGCUCUGAUUCUAUCUGUGGUCCAGGAAUUUACAUAUGCGGGUGCGGCCAUAAAAUUUAAUAAAUAAAAUGGCAGAAUCUACCUCAACAUGGAGGUGUUAGGUGUCCAAUUAUAGGUAUCAGAAUUUAUGGAAAUGUUUCCUGAAAUACUUCGGGAGGCUGUGCUGCCCAGAGGUACUCCCCCAGUUUUCCCAGGGCAAACACCUGCGUGUGCUCAGAGGCUGUUAGUUUCUCAACCGUCCCCACUCUGCUUUGACCUCAAAUGUUAGGUCCACGACAGCUAGGAUAUCACUCCUGUGCCAACUGAGGGCUGAAAAAGGCACAAAAUGACACUAUUUGAGGGGCUCCCAGGUGAGAAGCUUAGAUCAAGCUCAGAUUCGCGCCCUGAAAUGCGCGUGCCAGGUGGGUGCGCGAUCCAUAGCCCGGGUGCCACAGCCUGUGGGUCCCAGAAUCCUGAGAGGCGGGAACCCGGGAGCUCUUACCCAGCAGGCUCCAGGGCGACUCCGCGCAUGCGCUCUCAGACGUACUAGCGCCGCCGGCGGCGAAUCCUCACGAGUUGAGGCAACUGCGUUUUCCCGCGCUUUUUCUGGACGCCUCAGGAGUCUUUUCAGCAUCUGGAGACCUCAUUGACUGUUAUGUCUUUGUGUGAAGACAUGCUGCUUUGUAAUUAUCGCAAGUGUCGCAUCAAACUCUCAGGCUAUGCAUGGGUCACUGCCUGCUCUCACAUAUUCUGUGAUCAGCAUGGCAGUGGUGAGUUUAGCCGUUCACCAGCUAUCUGCCCUGCUUGCAACAGUACUCUUUCUGGGAAGCUAGAUAUUGUCCGCACAGAACUCAGUCCAUCAGAGGAGUAUAAAGCCAUGGUGUUGGCAGGACUUCGACCAGAGAUUGUGUUGGACAUUAGCUCCCGAGCACUGGCAUUCUGGACGUAUCAGGUACACCAGGAGCGUCUCUAUCAAGAAUACAAUUUCAGCAAGGCUGAGGGGCAUCUGAAACAGAUGGAGAAGAUAUAUACUCAGCAAAUACAGAGCAAAGAUGUAGAAUUGACCUCUAUGAAAGGGGAGGUCACCUCCAUGAAGAAAGUGCUAGAAGAAUACAAGAAAAAGUUCAGUGACAUCUCCGAGAAACUUAUGGAGCGAAAUCGCCAGUAUCAAAAGCUCCAAGGCCUCUAUGAUAGCCUUAGGCUACGAAAUAUCACUAUUGCUAACCAAGAUGGUACCCUUGAACCAUCCAUGAUUGCACAGUCUGGUGUUUUUGGCUUCCCUUUAGGGAACAACUCCAAGUUUCCUUUGGACAGUACACCAAUUCGAAGUCGGGGUGGUGGAGAUGGAGAUUUUCAGUUCAAACCAUUUUUUGUGAGUUCUCCCACAGCACCUGAACCCAGCAACAGCUUUUUUAAUUUUGCCUCCCCAAGUCAUGAAUUAGAGCAGCAGCAGGUCUCUAGCAGGGCCUUUAAAGUAAAAAGAAUUUAGCUCACUUUAUAGAAUGUUCCUUCAGCAGUUUUAUUUAGCAAAUAAUCUUUAUUUCAGAUAGGAGGCACCAACCUUCCUGUGCUUGCUAUUGAGUCUUCAAAGUUGUCCUCCCGUUUUCAAUUUACAAGAAACUCAGUGGCAGUGGAGGGAGAGUCUCAUCUCUUUUUCUGUUUCUAUUUAAGGCAUGAGCAUUUUAUUUAACUCAAUUUUAUUGUCACCUUCUAUUUCACUGGUAGUAAAAAGCUUACAAUAUUAUUGGGUGUUUUGUAGAUCACCAUUUGUUUCUGUCUGGGUUAUUUUUGACUGAACCAUGUGUUUAAGCGUGCGUAUAUAAGCACCUAUGUUAUAUGUAUACAUGUCA